AUGGAGCCAUGGGCCAAGGUGUCUGGGUUCGAAAAGGUGGACGUCGCGGCUAGGGACGCGAGGUUGAGGAGGUCGGCGAUCUGCACCGUAGCUGGGAGCGGUCGCGUCGCUUCUCGCCCGGGGGUGCCGCGGCCUCCAUGGGGCGUCGAUGCAGCUCUUGCGUCGGGCGUCGCUAGGGCAGGGGGCUCCCGAACGGGGCGUCGUGGAGCUGCAGCUCCGACUCCGUCAGGCGCCUCGUCGCCGAAGAAGGGUUGCACGGCAACCAGGCGCGCGGCCACGCUACGGUGA